AGUGCUCGACAUAGUGGAUGGUGGCAGGGCAGACUGGAUGCCACAGAUAUGGUCCUGAAUGGAUUUGGUUCUGGAGCUUGGACUGGACUGAGGAGAGAAGAGGAGAAAAGAACAGACACUUAAAAUCAGCAAGACAGAUGCGUGAGAACACACACCGAGAAGCGCUGUGAGGAACAAAAGAGACCCUGCCUCAGCUUCCCUCGCUCCUAUGGGAAGAUGCCUCCUGUGCUACUGAUGGUGAUUUUGGUCAAAGCAAUGGCUGUUGGUAUAUGUGAGCCAGUUCAGUCUGGGCCAGAUUCCUCAGAGAGGUGCCUUGCGGGCCCUGGGGACCAGUCCCACGUGUUUCUGAGCUCACAUACGGUCUUCCAGCUUGUGAACGCAUCCUGCAGCUUCUCUCAGGCCUGGCAUUACUGUCAGAGCCGCUUCAGCUCCAUCACUGUUCUGGGACAGCUGGAGGAUGAAGAUGGAAUAAAGCAGCUACUCAAUCAGGCCAACAUGCAGGGUCCCAUUUGGGUCAGGAUCAGCAACAGUCUGGCCCCCACAUCCACAGUGACCCUAUCCAAACAGAAUGUCCUCCUCUCGGCCUUGUCCUUCACCGGAGACUCCACGUACGGCCACGCUCGCGCUCGAGCCAUUUUCCCGCCGCUGGCCUCCGCGAGCACGUGCGCGCGCGUUCAGUUCGACGCGCGUCACGAGAGCGUGUCCACGCUGUUCUCGUACGCGACGCGCGCGCUCACCAACGAGUUCCAGCUGCGCGCGCGCGCCGACGAGACGCGGCGGCGCGUGCUGCUGGCGCCGAUCGUGCACGGCAGGCACCACGCGUACCGGGCCUCGUUCCCCAACGACGCGCGGUGGCACCACGUGUGCGUCACGUGGCGCAAGAGCGACGGACUGUGGGCGGUUUACGUGGACGGAGAGAAAGGGGAGUGGGGCACGGGCACGGAGCCGUCCCGGGACAUGCACGGGCACGGGAUCUUUGUUCUGGGACAAGACCAGGAUUCGUUCGGUGGAAACUUCACGGAGCCGUUUGUGGGCAACAUAACGGAUGUAAACUUUUGGGACGUGACGCUGGACGAUGAGCAGAUCCGGAGGCUCGAGGACUGCACGAGUCCGCUGGAACCGAAGCCGCUGUUCAGCUGGCAGGAGCUCAACUUGACCCUCCAUGAGGUGAAGGAGGUGGCCGCGGUGAUGCAGUGCCCAGGUCUGCUGAAGCAGAAGCAGAGAGAGCAGGAGGACUGUAGAGUUCUGGACGGGUGGACUCAAGCUGUAGCGCAGUAUAGCACGACCCCGUGCUCACACACUCUCCCCUUCAUCUGCAAAACCAGCAAAGAGCGCUAUGUGAAGAAAAAGGAGCUGGAGGAAUCUCAGAGUGCCCACCCGAGCCCCUUCCUGCAACACCUCAUGAAGCAUGGAGUGAACACUGGUGAUGUCCUAGGCAUGCCUGACGCAGAUGAAAGCUGGGAAUCUGUCACUAAUUUGCUGAACAUCUCUGACCAGUACCUACGGGGGUCCCGGGAGCAGCUGGAGAGCAGGGAUUUUCCCUCUCUGGUACAGAUGCUCUCUCGAGCCACUGAACUGCCCACCACAGGGAACCAGAGCCUCACCAAUGCCCGCAUGCUCAGCCACAGCUUCAUCGGCCUCGCAGACACGCUCAUCAGUCAGGAGAACGCAGAUAAAUGGCAGGCUAUCAGAGAGGUGGUUAGCGGACCAAUGGCUGUGGUGCACACUAUUGACCGCAUGGUGACGAACCUCAGCCCCCUGCUUCUGGGGGACACGGACAGUGUGCAUAUACACUUCAACAAUAUCAGAAUGCAGGUCCAGGAGAAGACUGUGUCCGAGAGUACUGGAGGCUCUGAAUUUUGCAGUUCAGAUUGGAUCAAUAACACUGACCUGGACUGCAUCUCUGUCCCGCCUCAAAGCAUGCAGGAGCUCCAUAACAAUGGCUUCGGGAAAGUGACCGUGUUGAGUACGUGGUAUAGCUCUUUAAAACCCCUCAUGAACAAAGAGGAGAACAUCACAGUCGUCCCCACCAUCACUGAUGGCUCUUUGAAGUAUAUGGGGACAGUCCUGGGUUCAUCGGUCAUCUCCAGUGCAGUAGUGGGGGAUGGACAGCUCAUCAGCCUGGGAGUGCAGUUUAAACUUCAACACCGCACUCAGAAUACUUCAGGGAUGUUUUAUUACCCAAUCUGUGCUUUCUGGGACUUCAGCCUCACGCCGGAGGAUGGGGGAGGAUGGUCCACCGAGGGCUGUGAGGUCAUUUCCUUGCAACAAGACUCUACAUCCUGUUACUGUAACCACACCACCAACUUUGCCCUGCUCUUACAGAUAUAUGAUGUUCAGUGGAGCCAAGAGAACGAGAAAGGCCUGCAGAUUCUUAGUUUCAUCGGCUGUGGAGUCUCUCUCUGUGGACUGAUUUUUACGUUCAUCCUCUUCAUCGCAGUUGGUGUCCCAAAGUCAGACCGAACCACAGUGCAUAAGAAUCUAAUAGUGGCUUUGGCUCUAGCUCAGCUGCUGCUGAUCUUCAGUUACUGGGCCUCGGCUAACCAGGAGCUGUGUUUGAUGGUGACGGCUCUCCUUCACCUCUUCUUCUUGUCCUCUUUCUGCUGGAUGCUGGUGGAGGGGCUGCUGCUCUGGAGUAAAGUUGUCUCCGUCAACAUCAGCGAGGACCGGAGGAUGAGAUUCUACUACGCUCUAGGCUGGGGUUUGCCUCUUUUCAUUGUUGCUGUAACCUUGAUGGUCUCUCUGAACAAGUACAAGGCAGAGCAGCACUGCUGGCUGAACACGGAAUCUGAUAUUAUUUGGGCUUUUGUGGGGCCGGUUCUGUUCGUGCUAGCGGUCAACACGGUGGUGUUGUGUCGGGUCGUUGUGGUGACCGUGUCUAGUGCACGUCGUCGGGCGAAAAUGCUGGCGCCCAGCUCGGCUUCCAAACCCCACACUCUGGACCUGACCUGGGCAGCGACGCGGCCUGUGUUGAUCUUGUUGCCAGUCCUGGGCCUCACCUGGCUGUGUGGAAUUCUGGUGCAUCUCUCUGUGGUUUUGGCUUACCUGUUCAUUGCACUCAAUGCCUUUCAGGGCUUGUACAUAUUUCUGGUGUAUGCUGUUUACAACAGUGAGGUGCAGAACGCCAUAAAGAGGAUUCAGGAGAAGAGGAAAGCACUGUCUUUUACUAAUUGCUCUCAGCCAAUCAGCUUUCUGCCAUCACAGAAGACCCCCGGUGCAUCGUGGGCAGACAGCUUGCCAACUCCUUCGAGCCCAGAGAGCAGUGGCUCCAGCCACAUCACGAACUCCAUGUCCAGCUCGCUCAUCUUUAAGAACGAAAGUUUUGGAACCGACAGCUUUGUAAACUUCUCAUUAAAACCAGCUGCAGGAAACCAGGUGGUUCAACUAAUGGCCUUCAAACCGUCAGCCUGUUAAAGAGAGGACACUGAUGUGCUCAUGCUCUACUCUGGGAUGAUCAGACGACUUAUAAACACACCCACACACACUCACCAGAGCAGCUGGAGAAGAGAGCGACUCCUCCACACCUUCACAUUCCCAGGGUUACAGCGAGACUAUGCUGGGUGUGAGAGAGAGACAGACAGAGAGAGAGAGAGAGGGAGAGAGAGAGAGCGCGUCUGGGUGAUAACGUGAGAAGAGCAAGUGAACAGUGAGCAGGACGCUGGGCAGCGGCCUUUUUGGCAUUACACCAGUCUGUGCUUUUCCUUUUCACUCUUAAUGCUCGCAGAAGUGAAACUCACACUGCGAAAUGUACAGCUACCAUUCAAAGGCUUGGAAUCACUGUUUUUAUGCCUUUAAAACCAGUUUUGGCUGUAGACGUCUGCUUUAAAAGAUUUUACUAUGAUGCCAGCACUCUACAGCACCAUAGAUUUCAAAUUAAUAAUCGAAAAUUCAGAAAUAUUUAUGUGUCCAGCUGUAGAUGAUUGUAAAAUGACUGAGAUCAUCAAAGGCACAUAGCUUGAGAAAAAGGUACUAUAAUACACACUAAAAAUGUGUUAUUUUUUAUUUUAAACUAUCUUUAAGUAUUGUUAUUAAAUAAACAUGAAAUACUGAAUACAACACCUGAAAUGACAGUAGGGGAGAGCGGGGCACAACCUAACACAUUUUGGUUUAUGAUGAAUAACUAAAAAUAUUUAAGCUAGAGUAAUCAUAUGUUUAUUCAAGCAACAUAUCACUGGUGUCUGAAGAAAACCUCGUAUCUCCAAAAUGGUAACUUUACAGGAGAAGGACAAAACAUACUUCACUUUUAAUGGAACUCAGUGGAACCAGACUUUUUUCUAAGUCGUUUUGGGUCAUUACAUUUGUCCCACUCACCAUGACAUUGACACACGAUGUAAAGAGCAGCAUGAAUUUUCAGAUUAUUUCAAAGACUAAAUGAAAAAGAGAAAAAACUAGAGAUACCAGGUUUUCUUCUGACAGCAGCUAAAUAUACAUCUCUGCUACCAACAAACACUUGAAAGUCAUUUCUUCCCAAAAAUGAUGGGCGGUAUAAUGUUACAGUUCAGCCCAUGGACGGGUUAACUGUAAAAGACAGAGGGUCAGUUUAACACCUGCUAGAAUCAGUGAAUCAGUGCAAGCAAAGUUAGUUCAAUGUAAUUCUGUGUUUUAAUAUAUAUAUAUAUGUUUCAAAUAUAUUUUCCAAUCGUACCACAUUAGGUAAAUAACUGAAUAACUGCAGGUUUACCGGCUGUUCAUGUUAAUUUUGUUAAUAUACUUAUUUAAAACCAUUAAAACACAAACAUCUGAAAGAUACUAAUAAAGUCAUAGAAAAUCCCUGUUUUCAGAUGUUUUUUCUCUUUCAUCUUAAAAUCUGUCUGGACAUAUGAAACAAAAAGAUAAAAUUGACUUUAUUUGUCUUUAUUUAAUAAAGAUGGUUAUGUAACAGCUAUCCCUGUAGUUCCAGAGGCUGUACUUAAGCCUAAGUGUUGCGAGCUGUGAGGAAAUGUGGUGAUGUGGCCUGAAGCACAUGCUGCUUGACCUUCUUUAACAACGGAAAUAGUCUGUUAAUUUGUGCCCUGUGUUAGGUUGUUUCCUGCGUUCCCUACUGUGUAAAAGUCAGAAACCACCCUUCGUUUCUUUCUUUUCCAGUCAGAACAGCCAGUAAGUUAAGAAUGUGUAGCUGUCAAGAAGUUUUUACUGAGAAAAGAAAAUAGACAAUAAAAUGUGCAAAUAUUUCAAAGACGCUGCUGCUGUUCUCAGAACAAUGGGCUGACCACUCCAGAGUCCAGACCUCAGCAUCACUGAAUGUGUUUGGGAUUUGUGUGGAUCAUUAAAGGUAGAAAAUGCAAACCAACUUCUAAGACUGAACUUUGGAGAUGUGGAAAAAUAUCCCUGCAGAUUCCUUUGAGAAACUGAAAGCAAGUCUACUGAAAAGAAUGGAGGUGGUAAAGGUGAGGAGUGGACACACUAAAUACUGAAUGCUUCUGAUGCUGACAAAUGAAUAACUCUUGGUACUUGGCGGCUGUUUUGACUGUGAAAUAAAUGAAGGGUGGUCUCCGACUUUUGCACAGUACUGCACCUUUCAGUGUGCACUGCAUACGCUGUACUUGAACAAUGAAUACGAAAGUGAUUCCAAACAUUUGACCGGUAGCCUAGUGGCCGACCUCAUCACAUUGUGCACGUCGCAUGUUACGUUUUGACCAGGCAGUCUGUGGCUGUCGGUGAAUAGGCUUAACAGAUGUUAAUGUAGAUAGUGCAUUACUGACGGUUCAGAACGGUAGGAAACCUCUCAGUGUCACCUAUCAACACGUCUAUUCUUUGCUUCUUUGCUUAUAGUCUAUGCAGAGGGCAGAACGGCUUGCUCCAGUAUUGCUUGGCCUAAAUAAAGGCCCAAGAUUGAAAUAUGAGCAAGAACAGACACUGGUCGGAUUAGCCAGGUGUUAAACGUGGUCAGUCAUUUGUACUCCUUUCCCCAAAGCAAAAAUGUUUUAGCAUUUUUGGAUGAGGAAUCGAUGAAGACAUGCUUUAUUUACAGCUGUGUGCAAAAGUUUGAAACUAAAUAAAAAUAAGAUGUCCUCUACAGGCAUUCACCUUAUAUGGGUCAGUUUCUGCUUAUUUUAGUUCAGAAUUUCUAUUUAUUCAUUGUAAACAUAAAAUAUAAAAUGUGACAGGGCAAAUCUUAUGUUUUCAGCAAAUAAGCAGUACCUGUGCAUCAACUGUGCGUGUGUAGAGGAUGUGUUAACUAUUUUCACUUCAAAAAUCGUGUUUGACCAAGGGUGCCCAAACUUUUGCACACCGCUAUACCUUCUAUAACCAAUGCAUAUAAAAUGAAUUUCUUUACCGUGUCAAAAAGGAUCAUCAGUCACUUUGACAGUAAAGGUAAUGAUGGUAAAUAAAGCUGAG